ACGUGUGCCGGUGCUUUAACGUUUGUUAAAGAAAUCUGUGUGAUUCGCGCCGAACUGAUCUGGUAGGCACAGUGCGUGAGAACCAUAUUGGAAAUAGUGCGCGAUUCCAUGAGCGGCAUACAAUUUUAGCGCAUCGUUUUCACAUCGCCUGAACGUGAUGUGUGAAGCGGUACCUCGAACUUGGCACAUGAAACCGGAACUUCAUUGCAAUCCCGUGGGAGUUCCGGCGGGCGCCUUGUCACCCCCGGCUACCCUCUCGCCGCCCGGCAGCCCUAACGCCAUAAUCACGCUGCCAUCCUCGCCUUGGAGCCCAGGUGUACCGGGAAGCAGUUCGAGCAUUGCAUCCACCAAUGCAACUUCGGGUCUUUGUCAACCUGUCCCCGAUCGUUUCAGCGCCUUCACUCUCGUCUCGAAUUACAAUCCCGAUCUGAGACUGCAAAAUCUACCACUCAGCGCUGGCGUUGCCGCGCGAGACAUGCGUUGCGGUCUUAUGUACGGCGGUUAUGGGGCAUCUGGGGGUGCCUGGUGGCGUCACAUGGGCCUGCUGUUGCCACAUAGUUUGCUCCCGCCUACAAGAAUCCCAUCCCAACAGACGACGCCGGUCACGAAUUGCUCGCCUAUUCAUUCGGAACCUCUCAGUCCGGCACGUCCCGGAUCACCCCGAAGAUGCACGCCGGAGAAGGCCAAAUUCGAAGAGGAGGCGCCGUUGAACCUCAGCACGAAGCCGAGCGACGUCUCGUCGAGUAUCGGCAGUAGGAAAAGUGAAAUUUGGUCGCCGGGUUCGGUGUGCGAGAGGGAGGCCAGGGAAACGAGAGCACCGUCCUCCAGGAGUCCGUCCUCGACCCCUAUAAUUACGCGGCAAAUUCAUCAUUCACCACUUACACCGCCCUCCUCGACGGAAAGGACUUUUCAAUGUAAGCAGUGCGGUAAGGCUUUCAAACGGUCAAGCACGCUUAGUACUCACCUGCUGAUCCAUUCCGACACGAGGCCUUAUCCCUGUCAAUAUUGUGGCAAGAGGUUUCAUCAGAAGUCGGAUAUGAAGAAACACACCUAUAUUCAUACUGGUGAGAAACCACACAAGUGCGUCGUGUGUGGCAAGGCAUUCUCCCAGAGCAGCAACCUGAUCACGCACAUGCGUAAGCACACCGGCUACAAGCCGUUUCAAUGUGGGCUUUGUGACAAGGCGUUCCAGAGAAAGGUCGAUCUACGUAGGCAUCGGGAAGGUCAACAUCCGGCGGCGCCGGCGCUCGAUUAUCGCUCUCUGCAGAUACCACCACAGCAGCAUCAACAGCCAAAUGGCAAUCGGCACUCGCCGUUACCACCGCAUUCAGCAUCCUCCGCAGGUUACCACGUGAUAUCCGUUCCGGGCAGUAGCUGAGACUCGUUCAUUUGACAGACAGUUCAUCCGUGAACGCGCACCAGGUCCUCGAGCCGAAUAACCAAGCGGUAUGUAUCGUUGGAUCACGACAUUACCAUGACCGGUUGGGGGAGGGCAAUAUUGCGAAUACCGCAAAUCGUACUACGAGAUCGGCUGCUGGAAGUGAGAUUUCGUAGAUACUUAAACUCCAGAGUUGGUUGGACGGAGUAACAAACAUAUCACUUGCGCGUAUAUGUGCGUGUGUAUGUAUCUGAAUGUAUCAAAAUGUAUUUUUGAGACAGCGACAC